UGGAACUUGUCUCUAGUGCACUAGUGUUUCAUCGUGAAUUGACAAUAAACAUUCGCAGAUAAUCCCUCGAGAGUCGUGUUUUCGUGUUGUGUCGUGUUAAAUGUUGAAGUGAAUAAUAAAAUACUAAAAUGCCAUCGAGGAGGAGCAAAGGGGGCCUCAUUGCCAAAGUUAAUUUCCCCCUUUACAGCAUUCAAAUGCUCACCAGCAGACACAUACUGGUGGGUGGUGGUGGAGGAUCCUCCAAAACUGGUGUAGCAAAUGGAUUUGAAAUCUUCGAGCUGUCACACGAUGGCUGGGGGUUCACAGCUGAGGAGGUGACGAGACAUGAGACAGGGCCCAGUGUCGUGAUGAACUGUGCCUGCAGCAGUGGCGAGAAGAAGACGUACUUGGUGGCUGGACAGGAGAGCCACUGUCAACUGUACGAUGUCACCUCGAGGGUGGUGACUCUGGAGAACGGGGAGAUACUCAAGGGCACCAGUGCCAGCACCAUCAACAGGGAGAACCUUAGGCAGAGGAGGAAGAGCGAGAGGAGCGACGAGAUCAAUGGGGAGAGGGUGGAGGAGAUCAAGGAUAGCAAUGCUAAUGUUACACAUAAGAAGCUGCAGCUUGUUCUCAAACCUUCCACUAGUAUUCAGACGGAUUUCAGUGACUCAGAGCCAAUUCAAAGGAUAGUCCGAAUAAGCCCAAAUGGUAAAGUAAUGGCGACUGGUGGUCUCGAUGGUGUCAUUCGACUCUGGAAAUUUCCUCACCUGACAAAAAUCCAUGACCUAGCAGCCCACACAAAAGAAAUUGACGACAUUGACUUCAAUCACGAUGGAACCCUAGUAGCCUCGAUAGCGAAAGACUCUCGAGCCAUCAUCUGGGACGUCGCCAAAGGCACCAAGAGUCAGGAGCUCUCCUGGACACCCCCUGCAGGUGGCAAAUACAUGUACAAACGUCUUCGGUUCAGGAUUCCCAUUGACAAGAAGUCCAAGGCCCAGUUAUUCAUUCUGUCGAACUCAAUUGUGGCGAAGAAUCCUAGUUAUCUUCAACUCUGGGACCUCGAGCAGGGCUGCAUCGUUAGGUCCACGUCCUUUAGGGAAGCAUUGUCAGCUAUCGCAGUGUCUGAUGAUGGGAAAUUCGUCGCUGUCGGGACUAUGUUCUCGGGGAGUGUUGAUAUAUUCGUUGCAUUUAGUUUACAAAGGGUUCUGCAUGUACCUGGGGCACACAGCAUGUUCGUCACGGGUCUGGAGUUCAUUCCCUCGAAGAUGGAGGGCCCACCCAUCACGAGUAAUGCAGAGGCUGCUGUUGUCAGUAUAUCCGUGGAUAACAGAAUUUGUAUUCAUAGCAUUCCAUACAGACAUACACUCCCCUUCUGGCUGGUAAUAAUAUUCAUCAUCCUGAGCAUCUGCGGUGCAUUUACUCUCUGCAGCUACAUGGGUAUAUGACCCGGGUUAUUUAAUACUGAAUUAGUUAAUGUUCGUUUUACCGAGUCUAAAUUAUAUUUUAUUGACUAAAGAAGGAAAAAAAAUCCUUGAGAAAUCUACUUCACGCGUACGAACGUAGAUUGCAAGAACAAGUGAUCUCUACUGUGGAUAUGAAAUUCUUGUAUGAGUGUGCACGAUGGAAAUGCGGUGUAAAUGACUCUGAAUGGGUUUUUUGUUGAAUGGUGGGGCUCGUGGACGUGAGAACAGUCUCCUGCAGGGUAGGAGGGGGUACAUGCACCUUGCCAGCAAUACUUUCGUAGGUAAUUGUAUAAAAUUAAUUCUCGCUCGCUGUACGUAAUUUCCUUGUUGAUUGAUUUUGUUUUUUCUUCGUCUAUUUUUUUCUCAUGUAUUAUUUUAUCAUGUAACUGCUGCAGUUCCUUGUUAGGGUUAGUGUCGUUUCAAUUUUAGGGGAGUUUUUUAAAUAAAUUAUUUUGUCUUA